AUGGUGGCGACGCGAUCACAUGUUGAGGCCCAAACCGAGUUUGAGAAAGCAAAGGAAAAGUACGAGGAAGCCAAGAAGAAGUUCGAGGAAUGUGAGAAGAAAGCAUACGCUGACUUUGCUCCUGUGCCAGUGGAGAAAGCCGAGCAAAUGCUGAACUUGGCGAAGCAUCGUGCUGGAGGUUGGUGGAAUUGA